ACAAUUAACAGUAGCUGUAAGACCUAUUCUCCUCCAACUUCAGUUGCGGGUUGCUGAGAUUCAAUUUCAGUAUAAAUCAUUAGAGAACAAAGAAGUUAUUUCAAUCAAUCAUCUUAAACGUUUACAAAGCAACAUCAACAAUCUAAAAUAUUUUAUUGAAUUUCAUAAGAUUAAGCCUAUCACUAACCAUAUCACUGAAGAACAAUACCUACUAACCGUCCGACAACAUAUAGCUGCUCAUAAGGAACUUGAGGAUCAUAAAAUCUCAUUUAUUACCAAUUUAGAUCAAUCCUGCCUACAGUGUCACCCAGACUACAAAACUCAAUCAGGAAAAUUACUAUCUUUUGAUAAUUUUUGA